UUCUGAUCCUGUAACUUAAGUGUCUUGAAAUUUGAGGAUUCCACCAAGAUAAUAUGACAGGAACGUUCAGUGACUUGGGGCCACAUCCUUCUUAGGCUAAUGCGGGACUUUGAUUUCCUGAGAGCUUAAUACAGAGGCACACACUGCUCCCACUUGGCACAGGCAGUCAUGCCAUCUCUGCCUCAAGACAGAGUUAUCCAAGGCCCCUCUCCCCUGGAUCUGAAUACAGAAUUAUCUUAUCAAAGCACAUUGAAAAGGAAAGUCGGAAAGAAGAAAAAGAAAGGAAUCAUUACAGCGAAUGUUGCUGGGACAAAGUUUGAAAUCGUUCGUUUAGUAAUAGAUGAAAUGGGAUUUAUGAAAACGCCAGAUGAAGACGAAACAAGUAACCUUAUAUGGUGUGAUUCGGCAGUUCAACAGGAGAAGAUUGCAGAACUGCAAAACUAUCAGAGGAUCAACCAUUUUCCAGGAAUGGGGGAGAUCUGUAGGAAGGAUUUCUUAGCAAGAAAUAUGACCAAAAUGAUUAAGUGUCGGCCUCUGGAUUAUACUUUUGUCCCCCGAACGUGGAUCUUCCCUGCUGAAUACACUCAAUUCCAGAACUAUGUGAAAGAACUGAAGAAAAAACGGAAGCAGAAAACUUUCAUAGUCAAACCAGCUAAUGGUGCAAUGGGUCAUGGGAUAUCUUUGAUAAGAAAUGGUGACAAACUUCCAUCUCAGGAUCAUUUAAUUGUUCAAGAGUAUAUCGAAAAACCUUUCCUAAUGGAAGGUUACAAGUUUGAUUUGCGGAUAUAUAUUCUGAUAACAUCAUGUGAUCCAUUAAAAAUAUUUCUCUAUCAUGAUGGGCUUGUACGCAUGGGAACAGAGAAGUAUAUUCCACCCAAUGAGUCCAAUUUGACCCAGCUGUACAUGCAUCUCACAAACUACUCUGUCAACAAGCAUAAUGAACAUUUUGAACGGGACGAGACUGAAAACAAAGGCAGCAAACGUUCCAUCAAGUGGUUUACGGAAUUCCUACAAGCAAAUCAACAUGACGUUGCUAAGUUUUGGAGUGACAUUUCUGAGUUGGUGGUCAAGACCCUGAUUGUGGCAGAACCACAUGUUCUGCAUGCAUACAGGAUGUGCAGACCUGGCCAGCCUCCAGGAAGCGAAAGUGUCUGCUUUGAAGUCCUGGGAUUUGAUAUUCUGUUGGAUAGAAAACUGAAGCCGUGGCUUUUGGAGAUUAAUCGGGCCCCAAGCUUUGGAACUGAUCAGAAAAUAGACUAUGAUGUAAAAAGGGGAGUUCUGCUGAAUGCACUGAAGCUACUAAACAUCAGGACCAGUGAUAAAAGGAAAAACUUGGCCAAACAAAAAGCUGAGGCUCAGAGAAGGCUUUAUGGCCAGAAUUCCAUCAAAAGGCUUUUACCAGGUUCCUCAGACUGGGAACAGCAGAGACACCAGUUGGAGAGGCGGAAGGAGGAGCUGAAAGAAAGACUUGCCCAAGUACGAAAGCAGGUGUCAAGAGAAGAACAUGAGAAUCGCCAUAUGGGGAAUUAUAGACGGAUUUACCCUCCUGAUGAUAAAACACUACUUGAAAAGUAUGAAAAUUUGUUGGCUGCUGCUUUCCAGACGUUUCUUUCAGGAAGAGCAGCUUCAUUCCAGCGAGAACUAAAUAAUCCUUUGAAACGAAUGAAGGAGGAAGAUAUUUUGGAUCUUCUAGAGCAAUGUGAAAUUGAUGAUGAGAAGUUGAUGGGAAAAACUAUCAAACCUCGAGGACCAAAGCCACUGUGUUCUAUGCCUGAGAGCACGGAAAUAAUGAAAAAACAGAAGUACUACAGCAGUGACAGCAGCUGUGAAAGUAGCAGCAGCUCUUCAGAAUCUGAUGAAAAUGAAAAAGAAGAUUAUGAACAUAAAAAAGGAGAUAAGCAAGUUACAUAUAAUCUUAAACACUCCAGCCACUACAAAUUAAUUCAACAAUCCAAUGCCAUGAGGCGGUCAGUCAGCUGUCCUCGGUCCAUCUCUGCUCAGUCGCCCACCAGUGCGGACAACCGCCCCUUUUCUGCUCAACAGGUGAUAUCCGUGUCACGGCCGACUUCAACACCUAGGUCACAUUCCUUAAACCGUGCCUCCUCCUAUGUGAAGCACCUGCCACACAGUGAUGAUGCCAGCUCCACCAGCUCUCAGGUGAGUGAGUCUUUGCAGCAUUUGAAAACAAAAGAACAAGGAGACGAGUUAACACAUCAAACCUUGACUGUUCUCAAGGACAUGCAGAUCCGCUUUCCAGGAAAAUCAGACGCAGAAUCUGAGCUUCUGAUACAAGAUAUCAUCGAUAACUGGAAGUAUCAUAAAACAAAAGUGGCAUCAUAUUGGCUUAUUAAAUUGGACUCUGUUAAGCAACGAAAAGUUUUGGACAUAGUAAAAUCGAGUAUUCGUACAGUUCUUCCACGCAUCUGGAAGGUGCCUGAUGUCGAGGAAGUAAAUUUAUAUCGGCUUUUCAACCGAGUUUUCAAUCGCUUACUCUGGAGUCAUGGCCAAGGACUGUGGAAUUGUUUCUGUGAUUCAGGAUCCUCUUGGGAGAGUAUAUUCAGUAAAAGCCCAGAGGUGGUGACUCCUUUGCAGCUCCAGUGUUGCCAGCGCCUGGUUGAGCUUUGUAAACAGUGCCUGCUAGUGGUUUACAAGCAUACAACUGACACCAGAGGAUCACUCUCGGGCUUUGCUCCUGACUGGGGUAAUUCCAGGUACUUGCUACCAGGAAGUACCCAGUUCUUCAUGAGAACACCAACUUUCAACCUGAAAUACAAUUCACCUGGAAUGACUCGCUCCAAUGUUUUGUUUACAUCCCGAUAUGGCCAUUUGUGAAGCAGAAGGGAAGAUCGCCAUGGGUUAUGCAUAAAUAGCAAUUCGUUUUUUUCCUUAAGUGGAACAUGCAAAGAAAAGUGACCAUUAAGUGCUGUUUUAUGUACAUAUAAUUUAAAUAUAUGUGAGAAUAUAUACACAUACACUCAAAUUACAUAUAUAUUUAUUAUAAUAUUUGAAAGAAGAAUUAGCAGAAAACUGAAGACUUAACCUUUCUGGAAAUAAACCAUAUUAAAAUUGUUUACACAAA